UCCUGAGUUUACUUUGAAGUGAUGAUGAUGGUUGACGAAUUAUUUAAAUGCAUGAUAUCCACCCCCAUUCUAUUUGUUAAAAGUCUCUCUUGAUCUUCUUAACUAAACUGUGAAGAGCUUUAGCUGCGAGCCUAAUCAGGACUUUCAACGCAGAUCACAAUACCAGAAGAAGCAUACAGCACCUUUAUGGCCUUAGACAAGGAAACUUUUAGCCUUUCAGGAGCACUGCACUUAUCUGUUGUCGACUGGAAUAAUUCAUAUCAUCGAACAUCUGUGGCUGCUAGUUUGUUACAGGGGGCAUACAUUCUAGAAUGUGAUCGCCAAAAGCAACGCCAAGGCCCUCAAGCUCUUGCUCCUGCCUGGUGGGAAUUCUUCCAUUUCCAGUUAACCCGUGCACUGGUGGAUGAUACGGAUCAUUCAAUCAUCGGGGCCAUUUAUGAGUUCAAAUAUCCUAUUUACAACAACAAUUUCCAACAGAACCCUCCAAGAUAUGUCAUUGCAAUCCGAGGCACAGUUCCCAAGGCAAGUAGUCUAUCCAAGGACCUGAAGCUGGACCUGCAAUUCAUUGGCAACAGACUCCACAAGAGUCGCCGCUUCCAAAUAGCUAUGCAAGCUGUCCAGGAGAUGGUUUCACUUGCUGGAGCUGCUAAUAUUUGGUUAGCUGGACACUCUUUAGGUGCAGCCAUUGCAUUACUUGCUGGAAAACACAUGGUCAAAUUAGGCUGUCCAGUGGAGACUUAUCUGUUCAAUCCACCGUUCACUUCCGCGCCAAUUGAUAAAAUCAAGAAUGAGAAAGUGAAGCAUGGAGUGAGGAUUGCAAGUAGUCUCAUCACUGCUGGAAUCACUGCUGCAGUCAGCAGCAAGAAUCAGAAGCUGCAACGCGAGGAUUCGUUUCAAGUACUAUCCACAUGGAUCCCAUACCUCUUUGUGAAUCCAUCAGAUUCUAUUUGCUCAGAGUAUAUAGGAUAUUUUGAGCAUAGAGAGAAGAUGGCUGAGCUUGGUGCUGGAGGAAUUGGGAGAGUUGCUACCCAAAAUUCAAUAGGGAGUUUAUUCUCAACUGCACUGGGAAAAGAUAUCGAGCCAACUCAUCUGCUCCCUUCGGCUUAUUUGACAACAAAUAUGAAUUCGGGGAACGAUUUUAAGGAGUGUCAUGGUAUUCAUCAGUGGUGGAAACAAGAUUUUCAGUGGCAAUUUAAGCUACAUCAGUUCAGUUGAAUGUUCUUUUCAGCUUGCAUUUGCAUAAUUUUACAUUUACAUUAUUGUCCGAAUCCUUGAGCUUGAGCUAAAGGCUAUUUGCAUU